CUACGCCACUUCCGCCAACUCGCUGGUGAGCAAAAUGGACGCCUUUGUGUCUAUUUUCUUCGUGAUUGUACCGUAAAUACAGUUUUAAUUACAAAUAAUCAAACCUUGAGAUCUGAAUGGGUAUAAAGUGUUUCGUGAAUUGAAGGUAAACUAACCGAUGGAAUCGAUGGAACUUGCGAAUUGAGAAGGAACAAUAUCUUGACCCGAUUUUUAUAUACCUUUAAAAACUAUACGAUUAUAUCCCGCCAAAACGAAAUUGGAACGGCGCAUCACAGCGUAUAAAUAAUACCUCGGAAUCGCUUGAAAUAUUCCUGUGAUCUGUCAGACAGCCACUUCUUCCCAACUUGGUAUUGGCUUAUGUACGUUAGCUUAUCAGAAUUCCAUCAUUUUUACCAGGUGGAAAAGCGGUGGCGUCAACCAUGGAUCGACUGUUGCAGGACCCUAGAGCUUCUUCUAAAUUUGGCUGAAAUCAAAUGGUAACGAAAUGGGAACUUGAGAUUUCUCUGAGUUCCCAAAGUUUCAUCGGAGGGUUUAAGAAGACUCGGAGGUGUUUUUAUUAUGUGAGAGUGUUUAAUCGAAGCUACGGAAGCAGAUAUAAAGUAUCACGAGGACAUACAUAAACACGAAAACGGAAAUCAAAAAGUGGGUAGUUUUAUAAUUGGACUGUGAGGUGAGCUGCAGGGGGGUCAUAAAAAUUGAAUUCGGGCCAUUUACUCGUUAAGGCUGUAAUGCCAGAACAAAUUAUAGCCAAAAUGAAUGGGGUUAUACCGAGUGUACCGAUUACUACCCUUGCGGGCAUUGCGAGUCUUACUGACUUGUUGCCAGAGAUGCCUUUGCCUACACCGCUUCCGCAGACUCUGAACAACAAAUCGCUAUUGUUUCAUCCUAGAGUGGCUCAGGAGGCUCAAAUACUGCUCAGUGCAAGAGACGAGAAUCUAGUGCCUCAGUUAAUUCUCUCUCUCUCCCAAACCUCAUCUGACCACAUAGAGCUCAAGGAUCAUUACGCAAAUACGGAGCAGCUCGUUGAUGCCCAACAAAAUACACCCGAACUACUGAAAGCUAUCCUACAAAUAAAUCCUCACGUCUUCAAAGGGCCACAAUAUAACUCUCCCCGCAACUGGAACACCCAGAACACUUCACUGAUGCAUCCCAACCAAUCGCCUGCAAGUUAUGGACAGUUCUCACCAUCCUACUCAAGCCCUUCAGGUUCCCGUCACACUCCUCAAGGCAGCCCUGCGCAUCCGGCUGCAGCGAGGAUAGUUUUGCCUCCGCCAGGUGCUUUGGCUCAACCACAGCAUCCCCGGAUGCCAAUAGCUCCUCAAAACCAUGCAGAUCUUUCUCAAAUGUCACCAUUUGCCGUUCCCUCGCCUUCUCCAAGAGCGACUGUGAUCACAGAGCAGACGAGAACCUCCUCUAUGACGCCGCAACAUAUGCAGGAAGACGUAAAUUGCAUAAAUCCAAUGUCGCAAAUGAACCCACAGCCAAAUAUUUAUUCCCCAGCACACCUCAGCUCUCCUAAUAGUGCAAUCUCAUCUUUGGGCAAUGUGACACCCCAACACCAUGUCGGUAAUCUCACACCCCAGCACAAUAUUCACAUGACUUCUCCAAUGCACGCUGGGAUCCCUACCAAUCAUCAAAGCACCAAUCUGCACCAAGGUGUUUUUGAUCCUGUUAACCAGCAACUACUCCGUCCUUUGGAGACCCAUCACAUGGAGAAUAUCGGGAAUAGCGUCCAGGAAAACCAACAAUUUUUAUUGGAUCCUGUAACUGGACUUCCAGACAUAGAUUUGCCCAUAUCCCAAGUAGAUGAUAGGCGGAACAUGGGGCAAAUGCCUGUGCAAGAUAUAAUGCGAAGCCUCCAGCAAAGCAGCCCUAUGCGCCAAAAUAUGUUGACAAGUGAUAUUGGCGAGGCACACAAUUCACCUCAUAGAAUGCAGACCCUGCAGAAUAAUAACUUUGCCAAGUUAGAAGGUGAGCAGGUAAAACCUCCGGCAGCUAUGUUGAUGGAGAAAAUGAAGGAACCGAUCGUGAUGCUUAAUAGAUUAUCUUUGGCAGAUCAAGCACUUAUGCAAAAGAGUUUGAGCGCUUUUGCAGAAAAAUCACCAAAUCUAGCAGCAAAAAUGGGGAUCCUUGGGAGUAACAAUGAGGUGAAAAGCGACUCUGAAAGUGACUCUGAUAUAGGAAGCAACAACAAACAUUUUAAGGCUAGAGCUAAAGAACGGCAAGUUCAGAAGGAUAAAGAGCGAGCAGAGAGAAAAAAGGGAGAUGACAAAAUGAGACGACGUAGGAGGAUAAUUGAUGAGGAUGAGGACUACAAGGAGGAAGAGGAUUCACCGACUAAACCCAAGAUAAGAAAAAUUGAAAGGAAGCUGGUUCCAGUUCUGCACAAACUCAGCGUUGAAGAACUCAUGGAAACUAACACUUACCAGAGAUUUAAUAGGACCAUUGAUACGAUAUUUGAGAACACGGAAGAUUUUGCCACAGCUCCAGAUAUUGACGAUGACGGAGAUGUCUCGCCGGAAAUGUUGAUAUCCAAAUACCAAUUGCAUGAUCUCUGCAGCGAGGCUGCCAAGCUCAAAACUCUGGGUGCCAUGGAAUCCAUACCAACCGACAGACUUGUCAGGCUGCUCAAUAUAUUGGAAAAGAAUAUAAGGGAUGGCGCAAGAGUUUCACCAUUAACUGACCCUGAUGACGAUGUUGAUGAAAGUCGUCUAUGGAUGGAACUUGCUAUGGAAAGAGUCCAAAGAGCAGUCGAUGCAUCGCUUACAUCCCUUUACAUUAUGACUUCACCAAAUAUGCCCAAGCAUGUAUAUCUCGAAGAUGUGAUCGACAGGAUUGUAUUAUUCAUGAAGUUCCAGUUGCAGAAUACGAUUUACCCUUCUUUUGACCCUGUCUAUAAAAUAGACUCAAAGAAUAAGGCCGACCACUUUAAUGCUAGUGGUAGAAAGAAGAGAGCUCACACUAAAGAGGUAAGGGAAAAAAGUAUCCUCCAAGUUUACAACAAGAUGCACGCCCUGGUAGGUCUGCUUGCCGAAUUACUGAAUAUUCAAGUUUUAACGGAUACCAGUGUUUUGCACGCUUCAACGCUUGGUGUUGCUCCAUUUUUUGUCGAAUCGGUCAGUGAAUUACAGCUCAGUGCAUUGAAACUUGUCACAGUUAUUUUUACUAAAUACGAAAAGCACAGGAGGCUUCUACUUGACGAUAUACUCGCUUCGAUAGCACGGCUUCCGAGCAGCAAACGGAGCCUCAGGACCUACAGACUGAACUCCGAAGAUCAUAUCCAGAUGCUAACGGCUCUGGUUCUCCAGCUUAUACAGUGCGUUGUUGUCUUACCCGAUAGUUUGGCACCCCGUGAUAAACAGAGCAAGGAAGAUGAGGAUAGGGUAAUGCCAAAUGAUGAUAAGGAACAAUCCAAAAAGUCGCAUAUAGUGGAUGCAGAUGUCCUCAUAAUAAAUAAAUACGAAACAGCAACUAGAACCGCUGGCAAUUUUCUCACAGUUUUUUUAAACAAGUGUGGUAGCAAAGGUGAAGAAAUCGAUUACAGGCCAUUGUUUGAGAAUUUUGUACAAGAUCUUCUGGCGACGGUAAACAAACCAGAGUGGCCGGCGGCAGAACUGCUUUUAAGUCUCCUUGGGAACCUUCUUGUCAGUCAUUUUUCAAACAAGGGAUCGGACAUGUCACUUCGGGUUGCCUCCAUUGAUUACCUUGGCGUUGUAGCUGCCAGGUUGCGUAGGGAUGCAGUCAACUCGCAAUGCAAACUUUCGACUAUUGAUCAGAUAAUAAAAGACAUCAAGACUGAACAGCAGAAGGACAGUGAGUAUGACAUUGGAAAGGAUAAGGAACUUAUCGGAAUGACGGAGGAUGAGGAAAGGACAAUAUUUCUUCAGAGGGUAUUGUUAGACUACUUAGCAGUUAAUGGAACCAGUGGCGAUGCUCUUGGAUAUGCACGACAUUUCUACUUAGCCCAGUGGUACAGAGAUACCGCAGUUGAAAAAUCAAGAGUUGGACAGUCAAAAAAUACACCAACGAAAAAAAUGCACAAGAAAAAAUCUAGGAAAAAGAACAAGCAUCACACAAGUGACGAGGAAAGCGAAUCAGAUCAUGAAAGAGAUGCUGAUGAGAAUGACAACAACGAACAAAAGAAUUCAGAAUCUUAUCGACUUAUCGAACUGAAGAAGAAACUGAUUUUGAAUAAAAUUAGACCAUUCAGUCAGAGUGGAGUGAAAAGCGAUAUACUGCAGACUUAUAUCGACUAUAAUUCUGCAGAAUUAAUAUCCCAGUACCUUGCAUCUAAAAGACCAUUCUCACAGAGUUUCGAUCGAUACCUCAAGCAAAUUCUGCAUGUACUUACAGAAUCAUCUAUCGCUAUUCGAACAAAAGCAAUGAAGUGUUUGACAAUGAUCGUUGAGGCAGAUUCCAGUGUUUUAGCAAGAGUCGACAUGCAGUUAGGAGUUAAACACUCUUUUCUCGAUCUUUCCACAUCCGUUCGAGAAGCAGCUGUAGAUCUUGUGGGAAAAUUCGUACUCAGUAGACCAGAACUGAUCGACAAAUAUUACGAUAUGCUGUCUGCUAGGAUUUUGGACACAGGAGUCAGCGUUCGUAAAAGAGUUAUAAAAAUACUGAAAGACAUAUGCAUGGAGUGUCCCAGCUUCCCAAAGAUACCUGAAAUAUGUGUGAAGAUGAUAAGGAGGGUUAAUGACGAGGAGGGAAUUAGAAAACUGGUGAUGGAAGUCUUUCAAAACAUGUGGUUUACACCUGUCAAAGACAGACCUAUGUUGGACACUGUAGCACUACUCAGGAAAGUUAUGAAUAUCACGGAUGUUGUUACGGCCAGCAAAGAUAUGGGGCUUGAGUGGUUCGAACAGCUCCUGGUGAGCCUCUUCAAACCAAAAGAAGAUAAAGAUGACAGCACGAAGACAUUAACAGAGCCUCCAAAAGCGUUGCUGACCGCUUGUAAACAAAUUGUCGAUUGCUUGAUAGAAAAUGUUCUCAGACUUGAAGAGACCAGUUUAGAUGAUGCCGAGAAACCAGAAAAGAAAGGGGCGUCUCAGAGACUCGUUGCUUGCUUGACAACUCUUUAUUUAUUUGCCAAAAUAAGACCACAGCUAUUAGUCAACCAUGCCAUAACAUUGCAACCGUAUUUGAGUUUGAAAUGUCAAACACAGGGCGACUAUCAAAUAAUAAGCAGCGUUGCCCAUACUCUAGAGCUCGUUGUUCCACUCAUGGAACAUCCAAGCGAAACUUUCCUGGCACAGUUAGAAGAGGAUUCCGUUAAACUGAUUUUGCAACACGACAAAUCAGUUGUCGCUAGCUGCCUGUCUUGUCUUGGAUCCAUUGUUAACAACGUUACGAGAAACUUCAAACUGAUACGUGACUGCUUCAAAAAAUAUUAUGGGCAUUUAACAGAAUAUAAAGCAUUCUAUGAAAAGAAUCCAGCCAAUCCGAUACUUCUCAAAAACAGACCCUUCUUCAGACGUGCUCUUUUCACAGUUGGACUCCUACUGAGGCACUUCAAUUUUACGGACAAGGAGGUGAUCGAGGGGCUUCCAGAGAACAUAAAAGAUCAGGUCUUCGACACGCUGAGCUAUUUUGUGCACCAGGAUAACGACGAUAUAAGAAAUUUUACGUUAUCAGCAAUAGGUUCACUGUGUAUAAGGCACUAUGAAUUCAUGAUGACUCCUGAAUUGAAAGAGUUGUAUCACUAUUUGUUGACUUCUGAGAAUGCAGCCAUAAACAUGCGGACGCAGGUAUUGACAAAUAUCGAGAUUUACCUGCAAGAGGAGGAGAAACGUAUGAUAAAGCAGGAUCAGGAAUGGGCGAAACUGUCUAAGCAAGAAAAUCUUAAGGAAAUGGGCGACGUGUCAUCAGGAAUGGCAAGUACUGUUAUCCAGCUGUAUCUUAAAGAAAUACUUGAGUCUUUUCUGCACAUCAACGUCUCCGUCAGACACGCAGCACUGAGAGUUAUACAGCUCAUCCUAGCGCAGGGUCUCGUACAUCCUGUGCAGAUUGUUCCUUAUUUAAUUUGCAUGAGUACAGAUUGCGAGAAGAUCGUUAGCCACAGUGCUGACAAGCAGCUACAAGAUAUAGAGAAAAAGUAUCCGGGAUUUAUCAACAUGAAAUCACAACCUGGUAUAAAAUUGAGUUACAGAUUACAGAAAAUCCUUCAAAGCGAUAAUUGCGUGAGGGGGAUGAGGAUAAAGGAUGGCGAGUUCCCAGCGGCACUAAAUGGUUUUCUCUAUACAAUACUUAGGAAUACUAAGCAACAGAGGCGGGCGUUAGUUCUAUCAUUUCUGAAGCAAUUUGAUGAGAGUGCAAAAACUAGCCUGUCACAGAUGCUGUACCUGGCUGACAAUCUAUCCUAUUUUACUUAUCAGGUCCAGGACGAGCCUCUUUUCAUAAUCCAUCAUAUCGAUAUAAUUAUUUCAAUGUCUGGUACCAAUCUUCUUCAGUCAUUCAAAGAAGCACUCCUCCCAAAAGCUGGGACGAUACAAGAGCCUCAGCCAGUUGCUCCUGAUUCUGUGCAAUAUGGAGCUGAUGGUCAGCCAUUACCACCUCCGGUUCCGCCAAGCAUAGAAGAUGAGGAAGAUGAUGAAGAGGACGAAGAAACGAUAAUGGCCAGGUUACCUGAAGAUACGAUGUUGCUAAGAGAAUAUUUAACGGCUAGCCAAGGGUUUCUGUUACUUCUGACGCUGAGGCAACAUUUGAAAGACUUGUACGGUUUUACCGACGCAAAAAUUGGUCAGUAUUCUCCGUCCGAAUCUGCCAAGGUUUAUGAAAAGGCUGUCAACAGAAAGAGUAAUCUCCAUUUCCGGCCUAAAGCCACGUUACAAAGGCUCAAAAAUGGUGACGACGACCUAACUAACGAACUAGAUGAAGGGGGUAAGAAGAAAAUGAUCAAAGAGUACCUGGAUUUCAAACAAAUGAUGCUCAAGUUCGAUCCGGAGGAACCUGAAGAGGAAGGAAACAGCGUAAAUGAUGGAAGUCAGAAGUCAAACGUUGACCCAAUGGCGGGACGACAUCCAGGAACAGAGGCGAAUUCUACACCAACACAUUCGACGAAUAAGCAGCUACCGCAAUACCAACAUCCACAGCAGAUUCCAAUGCCAAUAGAGCCCUCGAUGAACUCGAUUCAUUCGAAUCCUGUGACACCGAUAGGUGUGGGAGCUGGAACUGCCCCACCUCGAGUACCAAAAUUAACGAUACACCCCCAAGGAGGAGAUAGUAAGGAGCACAGAAAGCACCGAACUCAUAAAACGGAGAAAGUUAAAAAGCACAAGAAAAAAAAGAGGAGAAGAAUUUCAGAUAGCAGCGAUAGUGCAGAGGACUAUAGUGAUCCUGAUUUUCUAGUAUGAUGAGACAAGUGUAAAUAAUUGCUAACUAACUUACGGGAUACUAAAAAAACACAAAACAAUCUCUUGUUUCUCACCUUUAAAAAAGAUGAAUAAAAAUAACAAAAUAAUAAUAAUAAUAUUAAAUCUUUGUCAAUAUUGCGGGAGUUGUUGUUGUUGUUUGUUCUUCCUUUUUUUUUUACUUUGUUUUACAUUUUAUAUCCGUCAUCCUUUUUUCAUAUUCUUUCUAUGUGUCCUUUGGUUCUUUCAUAACACAAGACGUUCUUUAGAAAGUAUGUUUUUUACCAAUAGUAAAAAAUCCGAUUAUCCGUAUUCGUGGUGUGCAAUGAUGAGACGCAAAGUGCUACGUGUAUUUGAAAAAUCCCGAAAACUUCCCAUAGACUUGCUAACGUAUAUACAUAAGACAAUAUGCCCAACCAACCAUCGAACAAUUCUCAACAUCUCCUCGUCCUGAUUAUCAUUAUUACUAUUAUUGUCUGUUUCAAUUAUUAUAGUAUACAUUUAUAUGCAUAUACGAUGAAAGACAAUUUUCCGUUUUUUUUUUCUUCUGAUGUUGAGAUCAAAUUUCUCCAUCCCUACUUUAUUGAUUAUGAAUAUAUAUACAUAUACAUUAUGUAUGUGUAUAUAUAAUUAUUACCGCUUACUUUAUGUCCCACUCCUGAUGAAUAUUAUUACUAUCACAAUUACCAAUAUCAUUAUUGUUAUUAUUAUUACUAUUAUUAUCACCAUUAUUGUCUAUAAUAUUACACAUGUGUACAUCUGUACAAUAUUCCAUGCUUAUAACACAGUGGUUGAAGAUUUGACUCGGAUGGAAUAUGCUUACCAUUUUAAACAAAAUUCAUUUCGGUAUUUUUUUUCGUAUUUAUUUUAUAUCAUUCAACUCAUGUACCAAAAUACCGUAGAUCCGCGGCUACCUCGAAUCAUCAUUGGUUUAUUUAUACAAUCAUUAUUUUUUGUGGAUUUUUUGUUUUUAUUCUCUUCAAAUCAUAGCAAUAAUUAUUUUAUUUUCUUUUUUUUGUACGUUUUUAGUUUUUGAAUUGGAGUUUUCGAAUUUAUUGGAGGAAACAAAAAAAAAUAAGAAACCGAGACAAAUUUGUUUUCUCCGAUAUCCAAAGUACAAUAGAUUCGUUCACAAUAUAUUAUACAAAUUGAUUACAAUAAUAUUUUAUAUGUAAAUAAGUAUUAAUUAUAAAAAACAAACUCAAUAAAUGGAUGAAAAAAAAAAUUUCAAAAACAGAUAACACUUAUGGAUACAAAGAAGCAAGUAGUGAGAUUGAACGUUUCAGCGAGAAUAAAGUGCAAGACACAAACAUGAAUAAAUUAAUUAAUCAAUAAAUGAAUAGGAAUAUCAACUGACGUAAUGAUUAUUAAUGUUGGAAUUAUUAUAAUCAUUAUGUGUUCUGUUAUUUUUUUUUUUUAUCUACGAAGAGCCACUCGGCUGACUGAAAUAUAAGAGUGAAAAUUAAAGAAAAAAAAUAAAAAUGAUGAAUUAUAGUAAAGACAAAUACAGGACAAAUAUUUCGAAAAUAUUGUUCAGGUUCUAAAAUAUACAUGAAAAAAAAUUAAAAAGCGACAAAAGAUUAAUUUUAUCCAAAAUCGGGAACGAUUACGUUGAUGUACAAAGUGGUUUUGGAAUGUUGCUGCGGGAGUAUGAAAAGAUUAAGAAAAAAUGAAAAAAAAAAACCAACAGACGAGCAUACGUAUGAAAUAAUUUGCAAGUAUUCGACAAAAAUUGACAUUAAAAAGUUAUUCUGGCGCAUUUUGUCAUAAGAUUUAUCUCCGCAGUUUUUUAUUUUCUCUUUUUAUUGAAUAAAAAUCAAUGAAUUAAUAAAAACUAUCACCGUGAAUCAUAUUAUACGCGGGUAGUUUUGUAGACCAAGAAUAAAACAGACAAAGGGCGACACAGUUUUGAAAAUAAUUUUAAAACAAAUUAAUAGUAAGAAUAAUAAUAAUAAUAAUAGGAACAAAAACGGUUGGUGAACAUUAUCAAAUGUACAUACUAUUAUACUAUACAUACAUAAUGACAAGCAUGUAAUAAUGAUAAUAAUCAUGAUAAUAGUAAUAGUAAUAUGUUGGUAAUAAAAAUAAUAGUGAAGAUAAUGAUAAUAGUAAUAAAUACACCACGCAAACAGACUGCGUACUCUAGAAUCAUAAGAAAAAAAAAGAAAUGAAAAAGAAAGAUUAA